UCUCUGAAGCCCUACUUGAAAGAGUCCUUGUUGCAGAAGAGCUGAGCUGGGCGCUUUUCUCCUCUUAGCCUCCUCGCCAUUUCCAUAGGCACAUUCCUCGCCGCCUCUCCAUCAUCAUCUCCUCCUCUCUCUUUCCCUCUUGUGACAUUUAUCAAGAUGAACAAGUACCUUCUCCUGGGAUUUUCCGUUCUGAUCUUCUGCUCAGUUGGUAAGUGCCAGCUUUUACAAGAAAGGAGGGCCGUGUGUGUGUGUGUGUGUGUGUGUGUGUGUGUUUCCUGGACACAUUUGUGCAAAUAAUGGUGAACAGAAAGGGAUUGUGUAAAAAAAAAGAUAGAGAGGAAGAUUAGAUAGAUAGAUAUAGAUAGAUAGAUAGAUAGAUAGAUAGAUAGAUAGAUAGAUAGAUAGAUAGAUAGAUAGAUGAUAGAUAGAUAGAUAGAUAGAUAGAUGAUAGAUAGAUAGAUAGAUAGAUAGAUAGAUAGAUAGAUGAUAGAUGAUAGAUAGAUAGAUAGAUAGAUAGAUAGAUAGAUAGAUAGAUAGACAGAUGAUAGACAGAUGAUAGAUAGAUGAUAGAUAGAUGAUAGAUAGAUAGAUGUCAGACUACAGUGGUACCUCGGGUUAAGUACUUAAUUCGUUCCGGAGGUCUGUACUUAACCUGAAACUGUUCUUAACCUGAAGCACCACUUUAGCCAAUGGAGCCUCCUGCUGCCGCCGCACCGCCGGAGCACGAUUUCUGUUCUUAUUCUGAAGCAAAGUUCUUAACCUGAAGCACUAUUUCUGGGUUAGCGGAGUCUGUAACCUGAAGCGUAUGUAACCUGAAGCGUAUGUAACCCAAGGUACCACUGUAGUCAAUUAAGUUUUAAGAAAAGAGGGAGAAUGGGUGGCAUUCUAUCUUCCCUCAUUUUGUCUACACUCCAGGAGUUCACCUGCAGAGAAGAAUCUGUCUGUAGCUGGCUCAGGUUUGCCAUUCUGGUCCAUGUGGUGUUGGUGGUUCAGCAGCACAAGUUCUGCCAGUUAUAGUGUGUGCAGGGGUUAGGGAAAGGAGAGAAGGUCAUCUCAGAGAGCAUUUAAAUGCAAAACUACUUAAUUUGCACCUUCCGAAACAAUUUACUUGUGUGAAUUUUGCAAUACAGUCCUCCAAGCAAGUAAUGUAUACAACAAUUUGUGCAUUAGGGUAAUGUGUGCACAACCUGCGUCUAUUUGUGCAAAUAACACAGAGAAACACAUUGUAUGAGCGGGAGAGACCUGCGGGAAUGUUUUUGUGAGGACGCCUAAAAAAUGCUAAAGUGGAAAUGUGUUUAGCUGAAUCUAAUUAAAAAGAUGAAAUGCUGACAGAAACUGAAAUCAACCGAUUCACCUUUUACUAGCGGGAGUACAUACGGGUGGAUCCAAGCAAAUAAUAUUCAGAGGAGACCCUCGAUUAGAUGUAAGUUAGUUAUGUCCAUUAAUUUCAAUGUGUCUACUCUGGGUAAGACUAACACUGGCUGCCUCCCUUAAAAAAAAAAAAGCAAAUCUAAAGGAUUGUGAAUGGAAAGGUGAGCCAGGCAUUAACUUGUGUUCAUGUUAAGUUUGAAAUUUUGAAUAAGGAUAUUUUUUCGCCCCCUUGUGAGUGUUGCUGGAGGUUUAUAGUUUUCUGUUUACGACAGGUCUAGUGGAGGCUCUCUUGAGUCAAGCAAGCCAGCAAGUAAACAAAAACUGUUACUACUUAAUGAGUUUUGAUAAGGCAAUCAUCUUAAUGAUUAUUCUGCAUUGUUUUUAAUAGUGUUUUGUUAUUUAUUGUGUGUGUAUAUAUACAUGAGCGCACGCACAUAGAGAGAGAGCUGUAGAAGGCCAUUAUAUUUUAUGAGAAGUGACAUAUACAGUGGUACCUCUGGUUACGAACCUAAUUCGUUCCGGAGGUCCGUUCUUAACCUGAAACUGUUCUUAACCUGAGGUACCACUUUAGCUAAUGGGGCCUCCCGCUGCCGCCACGCGAUUUCUGUUCUCAUCCUGAGGUAAAGUUCUUAACCUGAGGUACUAUUUCUGGGUUGGCGGAGUCUGUAACCUGAAGCGUCUGUAACCUGAAGUGUCUGUAACCCGAGGUACCACUGUAGUUACUUUUAACGAAUCAAGCAAUGUUCCAGAGACAACCUCCCCCUUCAUAUUCCCUUCCCUGAUUUUAACACCUUUGUGAAAUGUCUCAUGGACCCCAUUUUUAAAGGACUGCCUGGGCUUCUUGAGAGAGGAACAGGACUCCAUACAGGCGUGCCUAAGGCGUCGCUCGUCCUCAACAUAUCCAGGCACCACUAACAAUCUCGGAAAUCUCUCCAAGCUGCUUACAUCUCCACACAUUCCAUUACUCUUCGUCCCUUUCUGCCAUCUUUCCAUCUAUUUCUGAGCUCAGCACAUCCAGCCCACAAUGGAGGAGCUAGGAUUUUCACAGCGUUCACAUUUCAGCUCCAGGUACAACAGUUAUCGCCCUUCAUCUCAACAUUAACCCACCCAUCUGCCAUAUUCCAUAAUGGAAAAUAAAUGCACUAACCAUAAUAUCCAGUGCUGCUUGCUGGAGAAAUCUGUUUGGGUGUGGAAUCUUCAUUGCUUUGGAGCUUUGAAGAAUUCAGAAAACAAUCCAUUUAACCACAGGUGCAUCAUUCAUUUAGGAAAGGGGAGUGUUGGUAAUUGUGCUAGGGAGGGGUGAAUGACUCAGCCACUGAAAAACAGAGCCUUAUAAAAAGGUCUCUCACGAGUGCCUUGCCCUCUGUAAAAGAAGGAAGCCCAGUCUGGAGAAGAAAAGAAGAUGAGGAGCAUGAAAGCCAAUCAAAAUUCCUGGCAUCUCGAAACUAUGGCUGCAGCCAUACCUCAAACUGCCCACUAUGGUCCUCAAAAACUUUUCCCAGAAGGACUGAAAAAGUUCCUCCACCCCUGUUCCAAACUGCUUCCAUAAAACAUAGGCUGCAUCCAUACCAUACGUUAAAGACACUCGACUUUCCCCUGGAAACCGUGGUUUGCUAAGGAUGCUGGGGAUUGUAGUUCUGUGAGGGGUAAACUGUGGUUUGCAGGAUCCUUUGGAGGAAGCCACUUUAAAAGUGCUUUCAGUGUAUUACAUGGAUGCGAUCAAAGAACUAUUGAGCUGGGUACAGUGGUACCUCGGGUUAAGAACUUAAUUUGUUCUGGAGGUCUGUUCUUAACCUGAAACUGUUCUUAACCUGAGGUACCACUUUAGCUAAUGGGGCCUCCUGCUGCUGUCAUGCAAUUUCUGUUCUCAUCCUGAGGCAAAGUUCUUAACCUGAGGUACUAUUUCUGGGUUAGCGGAGUCUGUUACCUGAAGAGCCUGUAACCCAAGAUACCACUGUAUUUAGAAUGAAAGAAGAUACUAGUUGUAAUAACACUUCACCACGGAAUAAUCUGCCUAAAACAGUCUAUUUAGCCCCUUCCACCCCUGCACAGAAAUGAUGCAGUCCCUAUUGGGUAGUGCCUAUGAUAACAUGCAUCCUCUUUUUUUUAAUUGACUUGUAAUUUUAAAAGGUUAUGUUAACCAUUUGACAAAAGAUCUACAAUAUUGUGGAAUAAAGGGCAGGAGAGGAGUAUGUUUAGUUAGACACUGUUCUGCACAUCAGACUUUAUUUUUAAAAACCCAAGAUUACUUCUCCUUUUCAGUAAUCAGAAUAUUGCAAGUUACAGGUAGGUAGCCGUGUUGGUCUGCCGUAGUCGAAACAAAAUAAAAAUAUUCCUUCCAGUAGCACCUUAGAGACAAACUAAAUUUGUUAUUGCUCAUACCAACAACAAACUUACUUGGUCUCUAAGGUGCUACUGGAAGGAUUUUUUUUUAUUUUGUUUCAAAAUACUGCAGUUCAGUGAGUGAAAUUACCCAUAUCAGGAACUGGUCACGGAUCUGGUCUGCUCAACUCCAUUUUAUGUAUCUUCACGAGUGUCAAUGUGGUGCCCUCUAGUUGUCGUAUCUAAAAUUCAUAUCGGCUCCAGCAUGACCAAUGGGCACGGAUUAUGGGAGUUCUAGUCCAACAACAGCAAUUAUUAUUAUUAUUAUUAUUAUUAUUAUUAUUAUUAUUUAUUAUUUGUACCCCGCCCAUCUGGCUGGGUUUCCCCAGCCACUCCCAGCUAGAGGGAAUCCCCUUUUUCCAGAACAUAACACAGUGGUACCUUGGGUUACAGAUGCUUCAGGUUGCAGACACUUCAGGUUACAACUCCACUAAUCCAGAAAUAAUACCUCAGGUUAAGAACUUUACCUCAGGAUGAGAACAGAAAUUGCAUGCUGGUGGUGCAGCAGCAGCGGGAGGCCCCAUUAGCUGAAGUGGUACCUCAGUUUCAGAUUAAAAACGGACCUCCGGAACGAAUUAAGUUCUUAACCUGAGGUACCACUGUACCUACAAGGUAUUGACCCAGGAUGGAUUACUAUAGGCAUGCUGCUGAUUGAUAGAUGAGGACUUUUUGUGGAUUGGGCGUACUUGCCUAUCGGUUCCCUAUUUCACGUCUCACUGCAUGACGUGAAUGUUUGACAGGCUUCUGGUACAUGUAACUGCGACGGGAAGCAUCCACGCUCCAAGCUGGGCAGGGAAAGGAAGCCUUCUGCUUUAGGAACAGAAGAACUGGAUAAGGCCCAAAGCCCAUCUAGCCUAGCAUCCUUCUCUCACGAUCUCCAACCAGAUGACCGUGGAAAGUCUUGCAAGCAACAGCACACACCUCACUUGCGAUUCCCAGCCACUGGCAUUUUGAAGCAUAGUGCCUCUCACACUAUGAAGGGGGCGGUUGCUGCUGCUUUUAAUUAAUCUUCUGUUGGGAAAGAGAGCACAAUGUUUCCACAGGACCUGCUUCAAAGCUGGAGAGAGUCGCUUGAGCAAAUUAGCAAAAUGCCUCUCGCCAGAGUGUUCUUGUCCCAGUUCCAGCUUGAUGCUAUUUCUACCAUGUGUGUUAAUCCCAGCAAUGAUUCAUGUGCUAUCCUAGAGCAUUCUCAGUGGUGUUAAUUAAACUCUCUCACAAACGUGUGACUAUUCUUUUGGGACGUCCUGGUCUACCUCUCUCUUUUCAAACUUUAUUAUUCUUAUUGUUUAGGGAGGGGCCAGUCUCAGCGUUUAACUUUUUUAUUUAUGUUGGGCUCUUAGCAUUUUGCCUUUGACUUGUCUUAGGUUGACAGAAAAUAAUAGAAAUAUUAAGAAAAUCAACUUUGCGUUUAGUUUCUUAAAUAUUUUGUAUUGAUUUUUAAAUUUCAGGUAACUUUUAUUUUAAUCAAAAGAUAUACACACACACACACAAAGAGAUACUAAAACAAACUGCAGAACACUUGUAAAUGAAGUUGUUUGUUUACAAGAUUUAUAACCCACCCAACUUUCCAAGUUGCUCAAAGCUAUAUAGCCAUUACUCCCAACCCUCCUUAUGCUCAUAGAGAUCAUAGAAUUGUAGAGUUGGAAGGGACCUUGAGGCUCAUCUAGUCCAGCCUUUCUCAACCUGUGGGUCCCCAGAUGUUGUUGAACUACAACUCCCAUCACCCCUAGCUGGCAAGGCCCGAGCUCAGGGAUGAUGGGAGUUGUAGUCCAACAACAUCUGGGGACCCACAGGUGGAGAACCACUGAUUCUAGUCCAACCCCCUGCAGUGCAGGAAUAUGUAGCUGUCCUUUGCUGCUAGGAGGGUGAACAAGUUUCAAAGUCCCACUCAAAGAUUCAGGAAUGAAUUGCAGGGGUAGGAAAAAGUAUGAGGGUUAUCCAGCUACAUCAUACUCAAGAGCAGACCCACCUAAACGAAUGAACAUGAAUUACUUAGGUGCAUGGAUUUUAACGGAUCUGCCCUGAAUAUGAACGGUGUUAAAAUAUCACCCAGUGCAUUUUAAGAGUUCAUUGUGGCUGCUUUUAAAAAUAUACCUCGCUAUAAUCACAGCUGUGUUACCAACACAAGGCAAACAGGCAUCCUUUUGCAGUGAAGAUUUAUGAGCUUCCUGCGGUUUCCUCCCCUAAAACCGAAACCAUGGCACGUCUAUCUCUUCUUUUUUCAGCACAAGGUCUGAUGUGCAAAGUUUGUAAAUUCAAAGUCGGCGACCUCUGCUUCGAUUCCGAUGAACCCUGCAAAGCCGAUGAGGGCCAGUACUGCGAAACAACCAAAGUGUAUACAGGUGAGACUGGGAAAGAGAGAUUCCUCUGGUGUUUGAGCAUACAAUACAUAGAAUUGUGGUUAGAAGGGAACCCCAAAGGUCAUCUAAUCCAACCCCCUGCAACGCAGCCACCCCAGCUAAUCCCAGCCUCCCAUCCUCCUUCCACAACCUGGAACGGUCCAGGUCAGCCUUAUGCUGGCUGGGGCUCAUGGGAGUUGUAGUCCAAAACUUCUGGUCAAGGCAGUGCUGGGAUAUAUCAGUUGUGCAGUGGUGAGUAAUGACCCCCCCCCCAAAGGAAAGGGUGCAGCACUCAGAUCUCUCCAAAUAUCUCUGUAACACAGGAUUGGAUUUCAUAAAAUCAUAGCCUUGUAGAGUUGGAAGGGACCACGAGAGUUCAUCUCAUCCAACACCCCCCCUCCCUGCAAUCCAGGAAUCUUUUGCCAAACGUGGGGAUUGAACCCACGAGCCUGAGAUUAAGAGACUCAGGCUGUACAAACUGAGCCACUUCUGGAUAUAUAUAUAUAUUUUAAAAAACCCAAAUCAUUCGAGACUGCCGGACCAAACCAAAGGCCCAUCGAGCCAACCAUCUGAUUCUCACAAUAGUCAACCUCGUGCCACUCUUGACCCCGCCCCCCACAAGUAGGAGAUGAUUGCAGUAGCACGCUCCUGCUUGUGAUAAAUUCGGAGGCACGUUGUCUUCUGGCAGAGCAUUCUUCCUUCUGCAGAGGUCUCCUGCAUUCAAACUGCUCCCUCCAAAUGGAGCAUUUCCCCCCCCUCAGAAAAAGUGCUGUGGAUUCAGACAGUUCCCUCUGAAUGGACUUCAAAGGGGUUCCCGGCAACUACCAAUCAAAGUCCAGAGGAGGCUGGCAGUAGCCGCCACUCAGCUGAUCGGCAGUUACGGCAAAUCUGUUUGAAGGUGCCCUUCCAGUAGCGAUCAGCUGCAUGGUGCUGAAUGUGCCUCUUCAAAGGAGCUUUCCUUCCUUCACAUCUGUUUGGGGAAGUUUUAAAUGUUUGAUGUUUUGUAGCUUUAUUGUUAUUAUUAUUAAUAUUCUGCCAGAAACCGCCCAGAGUGGCGGGGAAACGCAGCCAGAUGGGUGGGGUAUAAAUGAUAAAUCAUCAUCAUCAUCAUCAUCAUCAUCAUCACACACCUCUUCCUCCUCUCCCACCAGGUAGAAUAAAGCUCUUCACCAAACACGGCUGUGGCAAGUACUCAGAGCUCUGCAACAAGACGGAGCAGAGGGACAAUGUCUUUGACAUGAACUAUAACCGCACGUGCUGCAACUACGACUUGUGCAAUGGAGCAGCCGCGACCAAUCCCAGUCUUCCGUUCUUCGCUGGCCUCAGCUUGGCCCUGGGGUGGUGGCUGGCCCACUAAGAUUGAGGAGUAGCAGUGAUGUUCUUCCCACUAACAGACCCUCUGCAUCACCUCGACCUCCUUCGAGCCUGCGGCGUGUGCCCAUGUGCCAAAAUUUCCCUCGCAUGUGCAGAUUUCAAAUCUUCCCACCUCGUUCACUGCCUCUCCUGUAGGCUUGGUUAACUUGUGGACCCUCCAAGCCCAAUGCAACCUGCCUGCCAUCAGCAAUGGUCCACCAGAGGACCACCAGCAAUGGUCCAACAAUCCACCAGUCUCCUCUUCCCUCUACUCUGCCUGGGGAGCUUUCACAAGCAUAGCUGGUGGGUUGUGUUUGGCUUGUUGGGUCACAGGAAUGUUAGGCCUUGCCUACUCUGUGUAUCAGGGUUGGGGAAACUUUUUUCCAGACUGGGCACCAUAUUCCCUUCUGGGGGCCACAUGGCAGUGGUGGGCGGGGCCAGAUGCAAAAGUGGGAGGAGCAACGGGUGCAAUUCCUCCCCUCCUUUGUACAGUAGGAUCGUUUAUGGACACACUCGCACACCCCUCCACACCCUCUGCUGACUGGAAUGUGCCUUCACACUCUUGCUUGCCCAAAGGGAAGAUAGUGUUAGUUUCUGUUUCUCACUGUGCAGCAGAGAGCAACUGAACAAAGGAACAAAGGAAACAGGAAACCAGUAACGUCACAUCCGUCUCUAGUCUCCUGUGAGACUGCCAAUAGCCUGGACUGUCUGCGGAAUGUAAACACAGUCCUGUGACUUGCAGCAGCUGCACAGUGAGAAACAGAAACUAACAUCAACCAUCCUCUGCUACCACUUGUUGGAAAAAUGCCCCUGGGAAGGAUGCCAACUUCCCAAGACCCGGGCUUCUCUCCGGUGGUCACUCUCUGGCUGGAAUCAUCCCUCAGUCCAGAGAGACUCCUCCGUCCUGAGAGGAGCACACUAAUCUUCUGGCAUCCCAUCACAGAAGAAAGAGACAGUCCGUAGUCUACUCACUACUUUAUUAAGACUGUACACGCAGCUCUUACAAGCAUGACUGCUCUCCUGAGCAGCAAACACAAGAGUCUCUGACUCGACUCACACUUCGGCUCAGAAGCGAAAGUAACUCUCCGGUUACAUGAGAACUGGCAGAGACUUCCUGUCUCACGCUCAGAGACAUCCCAUGAUGUCAACACUGUAGCUGCUCUUCGCAGCUGGUGAGAUAUGUAAUCCCAACAUAUAGAGAGAGGUGGUGGAGUGUGUGUGUCCUGGGGAGAGGGGGUGUGGCCUAGGGAGAUCUUGGAAAUUCCCCAUCCAUCACCCACCUACCAAGCAGCUUUUGAAAAUCCAAAACCAGGUGAUUUAGGCUGUACCUGUGAACUCUUCUCUGCUUUGUUCAAACUGAUGAUGAAAGUAAACCCAAGCAGAAAGGCCUGCAUGCCUUGCUCUGUGUGUUCAUUAAGCCUAAGUAGGUGCAACGCAGACCGCAGGAUGUGGCUUCCUUAUUCACCCCUGCCCCCCUCUCCUCCACACCCUGUUUUGUUUCCCCUUCAUCAAAUUUUUAAAAUUGUGAGCUCCUUAGGGGCAGAGUGGGUUUUGUGCUCUGGAAAGCACAUUGUGUGGCGCCAGGUAAAUAAAAAUAAAAUAAAAAUAAAAAUAAAA